AUGGCUUCGAACAUUGGGGAAAGGCAUAUCUUCACCGAUGCCGUCGCAUACCAACCUCAGGUGGUCCAAUCAAGCGUCCGCGGCUUAGUGACGCCGACAGCCAUCACUACAACGGCCAAACCGCUGACACUCGAUCAAGUGCACAAGGUCAUUGGGCUCUAUGGCCCAAUCCUCAAUCUCCAUCCAGAUGAAAUUUACCUGAAUACAUCCAUUGAAGAAUUCUUGAGUCAUUGUACGCUCGUCGACAAAAAGACGAAGUCACGGGUGCAAGCACCGGAAGCUGACGACCUUCCCCAGAAGGGCGCUGAAGGCCAAUUCUAUCUAGAAGUCACAACAGACGGGAAGAAGGGAGACUUCUCGACUGCCAAAGCUUACGUACGUGCCUUCUGGCAAACCGGCAUGCCCUACACAGAUUUGCAGUUCUGGUUCUUCAACGCCUAUAAUGGACCCGGAACCCUCCACAUUGACGGGCUCAUGAUGGACAGCAUCACAAGUUCCGGUGACAUCAAUGUCGCACCCCUAGGUGAACAUGUCGGAGACUGGGAAAUGUGCAUGGUCCGUAUCGACAACUCGACGCUGAAGAUCAUUGGUAUUUGGCUUUCCCAACAUGCAAAGGGUCAGUUCUUCACUGGGGACAAAAUUGCUCGAGCUUUCAAAUUCCUUGGGAAUCAACCGAUCAUCUUUUCAUCCCGCAACGGUCACGCCAACUUCUCUGACGCAGGGUCCAAUCCGACAGAGUCCAAGAAGAUCGGAGGUAUACCAGCCGGACUCGACUUUUUCGUUCGCAACGACACCGCUACCAGUGAUCGCAAGCUGGAUUGCUCCAAGAGAUACGAACUCGUUUCAGCCGACUGGGUUGGGGUGAAAUCCCCCGCUUGGGUGACAUACCCAUUCCGCUGGGGCCCAGAGGGCACUUCAACUCACCUCAGUGCAGGUGCAGUGGCUGAUAUUGUCAAAGCAGCUGCGGGAGAUGAGCUGUCGGACUUUCUUCCCGUAGCUGCCGGGACGGUUUUGGCUGGAGAGAUUCUCCCGCACUUUGUGAAAGGAGACAUCAAUGGCCCUACCUCGCCAAGUCGUCACGGAAGUUGGAUGGGCAUCUACCCUGUCUACUAG